UAAAACCCAAUGCCGAAAGUUGGUUAGAAAAGAAUGAAAACUUAGUCAUUUUUUUAGUUGGUAUAGUCUUAGGAAUAAUGUUUAUCAUUGACGGGGAAAUUUCGGUCAAAACCCAAAAGGCCAACGAAUUAUUUAAGGAAACGCUGAAAAAGUUUAGCAUUUUAGCCAUUUUUGGGGCCUUAUGCCCUUAUUUCAUUAGCGGGCAAAUAACCGCAUCACCAAGAGAGGAAAUAGAAAAGACAGAAACCAAUUUAGACCAGUUAGACGAGAAGCAAGACCAAAUUUUAGAUACCGUUAUUCAAUCUCUUAACGAAAAACAAGCGGAGAUUAAUUAUUGGAAAAAUUUGGCAGAAA